AUGCCUUCCCUAGACUCAUCCACCAUGGAAACAAUCAAUCGAGCCAGUUUGGACCUUCUCUGCAUCCAGAAGCAUCACCUAGAGUUCAUCAUGAGAAAUCUCACGAAGAACCACCAGAGCAGAUAUCGAGACUUCCUCCCCAAUCGCCGGGCCUAUAUGAACGCACUUGCCACUGCACCUGAGAAGAGAGCACUACCCCAGGAGGCGUGUUUGAAUAGAUGGGAAAAGGCUUACAAGGAAGAAGGUCUCUUCCAUAAGAUGAUACAGGAUGUUGAGAAAGCUCUUAAAACUGCGAAAGGUCGCAUAGCAAGCAUGACACCAAAUCCUGAGCCAAGCGGAGGAUCACGGAGGGUUCUACAUACUACUCCUUGGGCAGUUUCCUGUUCCAGCUCGGCGGGUCUUGAACCUACCUUGGGGAAUAUCCGUUUUCUCAUGAACACUUGCCUUUUGAUGACCAAGGCCUGUGACGGCAAGGAGUCAGAUAUGGAUGUACAGAGGAAGUACAUCUCGGCGAUAAUGACCACUGGUGCUAAUAAACGAAAUCAAACCAUCACGGAUUGCGUGGUGGGCGCUACGAAGUGCCUGUCCUACCUCUACAAGUUGGAAGUGAGAGGGCGUGAGGCGGAGAGAGGGAUCAGUUUCCUUGACCCGGAGUUUGGAAAGGAAGAUACGAAGAGAGGCACUAUUACGCACGCCAUGGAACGUCGUAGGAAAAGAAUGAGAGCCAUCGAGGAGAAGUGGUUGAAGAAUGGAUCAGGCUUUUAG